CCCAUCAUCAUCCGUCCUUUUCACUCUCUUACUCCAUUCCACCCAUCAACUAGAUACCCUUCUCCACCUGUGACAGCGAGUUUCUUUAUCUAUACCUCCCACUCUCGGGAAUCCACCCACCAUUCUUCCUCCGGCUUGAUCACUGAUCAGGGUCGCCUCACGACGGACCGCAGGCGCGCGUGGGAUCAACCACGCUAAUCGACUCGGCGAGAUGAGUUCACAACGAUACGAAAGAGUAUCCCCCCACGAUGAAGAAGACGACUCCUCCUCUCCCAUAAGCCCCCACCAACCUUCCUCCGCGCACCGUUUCCCUCAACGCCCCAUUCCCAACUCCCCUCCCCCCUCAUUCCGCUCUCGCGCCUCCUCCCCCACCUCCCGCCUCCUCUCCCACGACCCCCUCACCACCUCCGCCGACCGCACCCUCGCCGAUACCUUCGACCCCUCCGACUCCGAUAGUGACUCCGACUCCGGCCGCCGCGGCUCCGACGAUGCGCGCCAGCGCCUAGUACGACGGACGAGCGCGGAUGGCGAUGCGCAGGCGGCGACAAAUGCGAGCGAGGGACUGCAAAGGCGGAUGACGGAGGUGCCGACGUUCUCCGCGGCCGCGUCAUCGACGCCGAGGCGGAAUGCGGCGGGGAGAGGGUAUUCGGCGAAUGAUGGGGUGUUUGCGAACCUGAGCGCGAAGCCGACGCCGGGGGAGGAGCUGGAUGAGAAGCCACCGUCCUACGAACAAGCCGCGGCAGACGCCACCCCGCCCUACUGGGAAACCACCAUCCUCGCCCCCGGCACACUCUCCGACGACGUAUUCAUCGACGGGCUCCCCGUCGGCUCGCUCUUCUCCUUCGUCUGGAACGCCAUGAUCUCUGUCUCCUUCCAGGUCAUCGGCUUCUUGCUCACCUACCUCCUGCACACCACGCACGCGGCGAAGAACGGCUCCAAGGCCGGCCUGGGGAUUACGAUGGUGCAGUAUGGCUUCGCGAUGAAGGGUGCCCCACCGUUCUCGGAUCCGGUCGGCGGAGGGGGGGAAUUCGGCGGGCCGGCGGAUCCGGAUGCACACGACUUCGAUCCGGAGACGAUGGACGACGACGUGAACCCGGGGGUGCCGGGCGACGUGGGCGGGGUCGGCGGGCUGAGCAUGGCGGAUUGGAUGGCGUACGUGCUGAUGAUCGUGGGGUGGUUUAUCCUGAUCCGCAGCGUGAGUGAUUAUCUCAGGGCGAGGCGGCAUGAGCAAUUGGUGUUGCAGAGUCCGGAGCGGGGGUUGGGGGUGCCAGUGGUGGCAGAGGGGGAGAGGCCGGAGACGAGCGUGUAGCGGGGGAAGAUGGGACGGGGCGUGGAUUACGGAAUUUUUUUGACUCGAUGAGGGUUGGGGGGUGUCAGGGUCUCAUACCUAUUGGGAUUAUGGAUUAGGCGUUAUUCCGGGGUUUCUUUGCUGCAUGGAGAGUAAAUCUCCGAUCCCUUUUUACCUUAUUCAGAGUCUUCGAGGCCGAGCAGAUCAGAUCGCACCACCGUACAGCAUUGCACGUAGUAUGUAGCAGGUCCGAAACGGGCGGAUCCCCAGUGGUCAUGAAUCCAUAUAUUCCUAUGUCACUCAAUCAUCCACGUCUAUCUAU